ACAGCAAGCCUCGCAGCAAGCCCCAUCGUGCUCAACAGGGUCAAUCGACAAUUAAUUGCUAUCUCGCUGAGCGGAUAGACUCUCAACUUUUCUCGGAGUAUCCCGAAGGCCGAUAAUUCCUGUCGUACCCCGUGCCCGGCACCGCCGCAACGUCUACAAAAACUCCCGUCCAAGCGGAUUGACCUGGCCGUGCUUCCUCCCCAGCACCAUCUCUACAACAAAAGGAGCAUUCGGUCCUUCAUACACACCACCACAAUGCGUCCCGCCAAUUUCCUCCGGGCUCUUCAGCCCCUGCGCUCCUCCAUGAUGCGCUCCACCACCACCACUUCCUCCACAACAGCGCCCUCUCUAUACCAGACCACCCUGCGCUCCCUCACGACCACCGUCCCCCGACUCAACGAGCAACAGCAACAACAACCACAACAACAAGAAGCCGACCUAUCUUCUUCCACUACUACUACCACCACCGCCGUUCCCCCCUCCCUCCGCAGCUACCCCUACAAGACCAAGACCGGCACCGUCGUCUCCGUCGGCCGCAUGGACCGCACCGUCCGCGUCAGCCACCGCCACACCAUCUGGGACGCACACAUCCAGAAGCCCUACCCCAAGAUAACGAACUACCUGGUGUCGGACCCGCGGAACUCGCUGCGCGAGGGCGACGUCAUUGAGUUCUCGUCCGGCUACCCGAAGAGCCGGAAUGUGCGCCACGUUGUGGAGAGAAUCAUUGCGCCGUUUGGAUCUGCCAUUGAGGAUAGACCCGCAGUUUUGACUCGUGAGGAGAGGGAUGCUGAGCGUGCGGCUAAGAGGGCUGCUAAGUGGGAGCGUAGAGAGGCGAGGAGGGCCGAGGCUGGUGUGUCUGAGAGUGAGGGGAAGGGUGGGGAGCAUGUUGGGAGGAUUAGGAGGUUGGUGCUUGAGAGGACUGGGGGAUUUGAGGUUUAGGUUGUGUUUUGAUUGAGUGAGUGGGUUUGAUUGAGGAUUGGAGAAUGAGGAGGGUAGAGAUGAGAGGCUAGAUAGAUGGAUGGGUUGGUCUGGUUGUUGUGGGGUUGGUUUCCUUUUAUCUCUUAUCUGUUCGAAUAUGUUGUAUGUAAACAUUGUGUGUCUGUAUAUUACUAGCUAUUUACUUCUUCAUGGCAUAUUGUGCUUUUGGCUU